AUUUAAUCCCCCCCUCACCGGGCCUAAUCUCCCCCACCCCCACCCCCCCUUUCCCCCCAACAGUCACUUUUUCCUUCUUCCUUCAGUUUAACUUUCUAUAGCUACGUUUAGCUAACUCAACUGGGUACCUGAAUAAACAUUUUUCCAACCCAUGGAGGAGUACCAUUGCUUGAGAGAGAUAGAAGGGAAACAAGCUCAUGAUCCUAUGUUUUUGGAAAAAAUGACCAAGUCUGCGUCUCGCUGCGUGUGUUUUACCUGGCCUGUUAUAGUCGGGGCAGGACCAUCGGGGCUGGCUGUGGCGGCGUGCCUGAAACAGAAGGGUGUGCCGAGUGUGGUUCUAGAGAGAUCUAACUGCAUAGCGUCUUUAUGGCAGUUGAAGACGUAUGAUCGACUUCAACUACACUUGCCUAAGCAGUUCUGUGAGCUCCCUUUGAUGGGCUUCCCCGCGGACUUUCCCACGUACCCGACCAAACAACAGUUCGUGGACUAUUUGGUUGACUAUGCGGAGAAAUUCGACAUUAGGCCACGGUUCAAUGAAACGGUGGAGUGGGCAGAGUACGACCCAAAGUUAGGGUUAUGGCGCGUGAGGAGUGUGGGAGCCAAGGGGGUGGAGAUAGAGUAUUUGUGCCAGUGGCUGGUGGUGGCGACGGGGGAGAAUGCGGAGGCGGUGGUGCCGGAGAUUGAAGGAAUGGAAGAGUUUGGUGGGGACAUAAGGCAUACUAGUUUUUAUAAAAGUGGGGAGGAGUUUAGAGGAAAAAAGGUUUUGGUAGUGGGAUGUGGGAAUUCAGGAAUGGAGGUGUGUUUGGAUCUUUGCAAUCAUAAUGCUAAACCUUCACUGGUGGUCAGAGAUACAGUGCACGUCCUACCACGAGCGAUUCUGGGAAAAUCAACUUUCGGGCUGUCCAUGUCGUUACUCAAGUGGCUGCCCACGCGACUUGUCGACUGCAUCCUCCUCCUGGUGUCGAGGUUCAUGCUCGGCAACACCGCCCGCUUCGGAUUGGGCCGGCCGCAAUUGGGUCCCCUCGAGCUCAAGAACCGGUCCGGUAAGACGCCAGUGCUAGAUGUUGGCACCCUGGCCAAAAUUAAAAGUGGAGACAUUAAGGUUUGUCCCGCCAUCAAACGCUUAAAACAACAUACCGUUGAGUUUGUGAAUGGCAAAACGGGGAGUUUUGAUGCUAUCAUUCUGGCAACUGGGUACAAAAGCAAUGUACCACGUUGGCUAAAGGAAAGGGAGAUGUUUUCUGAGAAAGAUGGGUUCCCUCGAAGGCCAUUCCCGAAUGGAUGGAAAGGUGAAGGUGGGUUAUACGCGGUGGGGUUCACCAAACGUGGCCUUCUAGGUGCAUCCAUGGAUGCAAAAGAGAUUGCAGAAGACAUUAAACAGUGUUGGGAAGAGAAGGGAAAAAACCAACCACUUGUUAAUUUGAGUGGAAGGAAUUUAAUUCUCUUAAAUAAAGUUUUGAAUUCGAGUUUUGUGAAUGAAGAAACAGACACUAGAAGAGUUUCUCAUUUAUGAGAUCUGACAUGACUCGAUUUUGAUUUAAUCGAGAUCCAAUGUGAUUGCCAGAUAUGGAAAGAAUGGCAGAAUUUUGCAGGAGAAAGUGAAAAAAAGAAAAAAGAAGAAGAAGAAGAUCGAUUUCAUUAGAGGAUUCUGACUAGCCAUGACAUGGAGCCAAUAGGCACAACUUGGGCGCUGUACCAAUUUCAUUCCUCCUCCAACUGACGAGAAAAGGGGAAGCUAGAUUAUGAAGAAGAAAUGCAUCAAAGAAGCCAGGCAAUGGAAAAAAGGGGGAAAAGAAAGGAUUGGUGUUGUAGGGGGACCUCAAGCUUGAACACAUCUGUACAUUUUGUACAUUACCAAUUUUUCUCUGAUUAGGUAUGACUUUUUAGAAUGAAAAAAAGGAGAGGGU